AGCGUCACUAAAGUGUUCUCCAUUAACCGCGCAGCCUAAUGCGCAGAGCGCACAGGGAAGAAUGGAGAGGAAUUAGACCUAUAGAUCAGCCUAAAUUCACAGAUAUGCAUUAUACCUAAAGUAGAGAAAACCCAUUUUAAACAGUCUUUAAUAUCAACGCGUAUCUUUUACUGCAUUUGAGAGUUUGCAUAUUAUUUAUCUGCGUUUUACGCGGACCUGCAAGACUCUUUUUUCUAAGGAAAAACCAGUGACCCGCGCGGAAUUGCUUUUAUAUUAGGCAGUUUGCACGAGUAAGGUAAGACGGCGUAACAUGGGCACUCUACUUGCAUUAAUAUUAGCGCUCUCCAUGAGCGCAUCAUGGGGAUGCCAACUGCCCCACGACUGGAGACCUCAGACGGAAGCGUGCCGCGCAGAGCUGGCGGAGAUCAUCGUCUUUGCCAAGGUGCUCGCUCUCCAUAAGGAGUCUUACAGCGUGUACAACUACCUGCCGUGGCAGUACGACACGGAUCUGUUCUUCUCCGCGGAGAUCGAGCUGCUAUGCGAUCAGGCAUGGGGCAGCAUGCUGGAAGUGCCAGCCGGGUCCAGGUUCAAUGUCAGCGGGUUGGGAUAUUUCCCAUGCCACUCGUACACUGUCGUGGAGAACAACUCAUAUUAUUUCUUUUUGAGGAUGGAUGAAAACUACAGCAUCAUUCCCCAUGGAGUCAACUUCCAGGACCCCAUCUUCUCUGACACACCAGAGAACCAUCGCAUGUUUGCCAGCUUGUUCCAGUUUUCCAACUGCACAGCUGGCACACAGGUUCACAUGUACACCCCAGACUGGGAGGUACAGGAGGACAACAGACUAUGGUGCUCCAAUGUGCAGAAGGCCUUAUUUGAGGAGGAAGAGAAAGUCAAAAACCUCUCUCAGAAAGUAAAGGUCCUGGAGAAAGCCAACAAUCACCUGAGGGACAAGGUGAAGAGCAUGAAACGUCUCUUGAGGCAGGCCAAACGUGAGACCAAAGAGCCAGUUAAAAGCUUCAAACAGCUUCACGAAGCUGAACCAGAGGUCCCACAUCCACAACAGGACACCACUCUCAGGAAAAUCCUGCCCAAAAAAGCUUAACAAUUAAAAGCCAUUCCUGCAAUGAAAAAAAAAA